CGCAGCGCACCGCGCCCUCGCAAGGCGGAAAUCCCCGGACGGGGGAGGCGUGGGUGGGAAAAGAGAACGGCCCGAAGCGGGCAGCUGGAGCUCGGCUCGGCUCAGCACGGCUGGUUCGGCACGGCUCGGGCACCAUGGAGCCGCGAGGGUACGGGUUUCUGUUACUGCUCCUUCAUAUCCUGAAAGUCGUUAUUGCACUAGAGGAGAAGAACAUCAUCAGUAAACUUGGAGACAACGCCAUACUAAGUUGCAUUUAUAACAAAAAAAACUUGCAAUUGAAAAAUCUACGUGUAUAUUGGCAAAUAGCUGAUGAUUCCUAUCAAGAAAAGUGUUUAGUUGUACAUGCACUGAUCUCUGGCCAAGAUGAUAACAGAAGUCAGUGUAUUCACUUUAAAAACAGGACUCAAUUAUUCCAGGAUAGGUUGGAAAAUGGUGAUUUUUCUCUGCUAUUGCUAAAUGUCAGCCAGAGUGAUGAGCAUACAUACAAAUGUGUAGUGCAGGAGAAAACUGAACUUCCCAGAGUGAUUCACCAGGCAGAAGUGGUUCUCAGUUUAGCAGCGAGUUACAGCCAACCAAUACUCAGUGGACCAAUAAGAAACAGCACUGGAGAGGAGGUGACCUUCAACUGCAGGUCUGGCAAUGGAUACCCAAAGCCCAACGUUUACUGGAUCAAUAAAGUGAACAACAGUCGCCUGUCUCCAUCAAAAACAGAGAUCAUACUCCACAGCGAUGGCACUUUCAGCGUUUUUAGCACACUGAAGGUGAAAGCCACUUCUAACAUGCAAAUAGAGUGCUCCAUAGAGAACGAGAUGCUGCAGGAAAAUCUAUCAGCCAACUACACACAGCAGAAGAAAACCAGUGGUUCUGGCACAGAAAGCGACAAACAACUAGAAAAAAAAGGCCGAGGUGCUCAAGCGGCUGGCAUCGUUGGCAUUGUCUUUGUGAUAGGUGUUCUAACUGGUUUAAUCUGCUGGCUGUGGAGAAGGAGGUCCUCCAAUCUAGUGUCCUAUAGAGAUGUCCAACUAAGAGAAGACCAAGGAGGACUCAACUCACCUGCCUAAAUGGAAGGUCUGCCAACAAUUUGGGCAGCUGGAGAUGUGUCAAGAGAAGCAGCACUCCCUCAGUGGCAGCAUUCCUUGUGAUAUAAGAGACAGAUUUCUGCCAAGAAAAAUGGCCCAAAAAAAUAAAACUAAAAUCUUCUAGAGCACAAGAGAGAGGAAAAUCUGCUGGAUUUUCAUUCCAGCAGCUGACUGUGUCCACAGAACUGUUGUGUCACCACUCCAGCUCAGCGCUUUGGACAGUAUUCUGUGCUUGUCAGUGAUUUGGGCACUGGGGGAAGCAGAAAGCCUGGGACUCAGCUGCUCUGUGACAGACCACUGAAAGCUGGUGACUGCCCAGGCUCUCAUCACCAUCCUUGAGGACUGUCAGGAGCAGAAGCAGCCGCGUUUCAGGAGCAUGGGUUGUUCUUGUUGCCACCUUACCCUGAGGGUGGCUACUGCAUGUGAAGAAAGGCAGCUAAAAGAAAGAAAACUGAAGGACUCUGCAGAGUGAGAUUUGUGACCUUUUCCAUGUUUAUCUCUCUAGAGUACAAUCCUUUCACUGUUUUCACCAGCUGCUACUGUGUACAGAACCAGGCAGAAUUUGACCCAGUCCUCCAAAAACAGGAGUGGCUCCAAUGGGGUCAAAUAUUGAAUCAUAAGGGAAGGUGCCUUCUUUAAGCCUUGAUAGCAACAUUUUGGUUUUUACCAAAUAUUCCACAAAAAAGGGGACUUCCACUUUCAACGGGAGCUAGCUGUGAGAAAACAACAAAAAAACCCACCAACAGGCUGUGGAAAUCUGAGCAAUUAAAAAUAGUGUUCUCUGCUAUGUUAAUGUCAUGCUACCUGGACUUACCCUUCUCAGGAUGGAACAAAAACUGUGGCUGAGCUCUGUUUGAUUCAACUGAAUCUUUAUUUAAACAUUUUCCCGUGGCUUCCAGGGAGGAUUUUAAACUGGGGGUUUUAAGCUUAACUUGUGCUUAUGUCUCAUCGUUACAUGCACCCAACAAAACAAAAGAGAAAGAGCAGAUUCUAUCAGUGUGUUGUCCAUGAAUGUCCAGAGAGCCAAGAACUCAGUUUUCCUUGUGCCAGUGCAUGUAUCUUUGCUGUUUCAGCCCCAAGUCAGCCAAACUGCCUGGCAGAAAAUUGCAAAACAGUAAACUUUGCUGAUGAUCUGAAAUUGUGGAGGAGGGAUUUUUACUAGCUUUUUUGCCCAGAUGGGACAGUUUCCUCAUCUUGUCACGGGAGGAUGGAAAUUAUUGUUUUAAACUGAGCUCUGGAAACACUUGACCUCUCCCGCACCAGUGCCAAACUAAAAUUGCAUCAUUUUUGUGAAUAACUCAUAGCCUUGUUUAUUGUUGCUGUGUGUGUGAGGCACUCCAGUAUCAACUCUGAGCUCAGACACCAAUUUUUCAUAUCAAGAUCAGCUUUCAAUUCCCAGCCAAAUGAAAAUUCUGUUGUACUCACAUCACAUGGAACCAGGACCAUUUGGCAAUAGUGUAGCAGUUAUCUUUUGUCAAAGCAAUAUCCCGAGGGUGCCUCCCAGCCGAGUAGCUGUGCCUCUUUCAUGUCCAUGAAUCCAGAUAUUAGAUAUUUUCUGAGUCCAAACCUAGUCUUCAGUGCACCCUAAAGGGAACUUGCUUGAGGAAAGCUUGCAGACACCUCAAAAAUGUGCAGAUGUUCAGGGUAAACAUUUUCUCGUGGUUCAGGAAAAAGUCCUGCAGAUAUUUCCUCCUUAUCUGUCACAUGAAGUUUUGUGCAGCCUCUGGUGCUGCUGUACCUGACAGAAGCCUUUCUUACAAGUAGUUUUCCACUUUUGUAUCCUGCAGCUGUAACAGUUCAGAGAUGGGAAAUGUGACCUAGCAGCCACACUGCAGUAUGUUAUUAAAACAAAUUUAGACUGGUUGGAUUUUCUUACUUCUGGGCUACUUCAUGGACACACCUAAGCACAAAACCUUUUUCUUUCAAAAUCUGUGCUUUCAUUUAGCUUAGGGUUCCAGCUAUUCUUGGAAGUCAGUAAAUCCUAGAUGACAGUUACCAUUCAAAGAAUUUUGCGAUUUUGCAAUGUUUUUAUCUUCACAUGCCAUGUUUAUAUUUUAAAUAAAAUCUAUUCAUUCUUCUGGA